UGAUUUGACGCAUUCACGUAUGAGCUGUCAGUCAGUGCGAGUUUGGGGGGAGGUAAACAAGAUGGCGACAACCUGAGUGGCAAGAGUAGCACGAAGAGUCAGAAAAUUUAACUGAUACCUUGCCAGACCGACCACAACACAAGGAGGAAUUGCAACCUGCAACGAAAACGUGAUUCACGAGUCUUUAGGCACCGGGCUGUAGGGACCCUUUGUGGCAUGGAGGACACUUGAGGACGGCUUGACACAUCGGCUGGUUCAGUCAGUCGCCUCCCAGGAGCCGGGCUGACACCACAGAUUCGACUGAUACUGCUGCAUGCUGUUUGACAGUAGACCUGCACUUGGAUUCAGUCCAGCCGUGCACGUAUAUGUGUCGCGAGGAAAACUAUACUAUGCACCAUGAAGCUUCGAUAGAUUUGCUGUCCUGCACAGCCUUGAAGAAAGACGUUUCUCUUUCUAACGCUGCAUUCAUAUAGAGGAGGGUGACAACAAGAAGAGAAGAAUUACAUUUUAGACUUACUAUCUUCCUCACUUGUGUUCAGCUGCACUUGUCACACAUCUAGUACAUGAUGUAUAGUGUAAAGCACUAACUCAACAGGACCUGAAUCAUCUCUGUCUGCACCGCACAGUCCUAAUGUUUACAAAUUGGGAUUGAUCCCUCACCUCCCGCUCAACUCUCAGGCAUGACCACUCCCUCUUUCAUGUUAAGUAUUUUGUAAUUGGUCUGUAUUACAUCAUUUGGAAUCAAAAUACUCACUAACUGAAAGGUUGCUGCUGGAUUACUCUCCAGCAGCAGUCAUAGCUAUUUGCAAAAAAAAUUAAUCUGUAGCUGUUGAACUGUCAAUCAUGAGUUCCGGGGAGCUGCAUCAUCUUGACUAUCUAAAUGAAAAUGAACUGAUGGAGAUGGAUACUUUUAUUCACCGCAUUGACUCUACAGAGGUGAUCUACCAACCACGGCGGAAGCGGGCAAAACUGAUAGGAAAAUACUUGAUGGGGGAUCUGCUAGGGGAGGGAUCUUAUGGCAAAGUCAAAGAGAUGCUGGACUCAGAGACACUUUGUCGCAGGGCUGUCAAGAUACUGAAGAAGAAGAAGUUGAGGAGGAUCCCUAAUGGAGAAGCCAAUGUGAAAAAGGAGAUUCAGCUGCUAAGAAGACUCCAACACAAGAAUGUCAUUCAGUUGGUGGAUGUCCUCUACAAUGAAGAGAAACAGAAAAUGUAUAUGGUGAUGGAGUAUUGCGUAUGUGGGAUGCAAGAAAUGCUGGACAGCGUCCCAGAGAAAAGGUUUCCAGUAUUUCAAGCUCACGGGUACUUUUGCCAACUCUUAGAUGGCCUUGAAUAUUUGCACAGCCAGGGAAUAGUUCACAAAGACAUUAAACCAGGGAAUCUGCUGCUGACCACGGACGGGGCACUUAAAAUCUCCGACCUGGGAGUGGCAGAGGUAAGUGAGGCCCUUCACCCAUUUGCAGAGGAUGACACUUGUCGCACCAGUCAAGGCUCUCCGGCCUUUCAGCCUCCAGAGAUUGCUAAUGGACUGGACACCUUUUCAGGGUUUAAAGUAGACAUUUGGUCUGCUGGUAUAACACUAUAUAACAUCACGACAGGUCUGUAUCCAUUUGAGGGGGACAACAUCUAUAAGCUAUUUGAAAACAUUGGAAAAGGAGACUACACUAUUCCCGAGGAGUGUGGACCACUCCUGUCGGACCUGCUCCAAGGAAUGCUUGAGUACGAUCCUAUGAAGAGGUUUUCCAUACAGAACAUAAGGCAACACAACUGGGUGCGGAAGAAACAUCCUCCGUCUGAGCCUCCCGUGCCCUUCCCUGCCAGCUCAGAGAGCAGGGACCCUUGGCGGAGUAUGACAGUGGUGCCCUACCUGGAGGACCUACACGGUUACACAGAGGAGGAUGAUGAUGAGCUCUAUGACGGAGAGGAUGAGAUCAUAUACACUCAGGACUUUACAGUGCCAGGACAAGUGAACGAGGAGCAUCGGGAUCAGGGGAACGCAGAUCACAGUCCAGCUGUAGCCAAACCGGUCUGUGUGAACGGGACAGAGGGGGUUUCUCUGAACAGCAAGGCCAAAGCCGAGCGCCGUUCGUCUUCGUCAUCCAACCCCUCGCGCAAAGGAGUCUCCACAGCCAGCAAGAUCCGCAAGCUCUCCACCUGUAAACAGCAAUGACCCCUCCCUCAGCAUCAACCCACCUGGAGCUACUUGCAGCCUUUGCGGCAGCAGCAAUACGGACAUUACAGAGAUUACAGAGGAGUCUGUUCUUGUUUCUCUCUAAACCUAAGUCAGGAACAUUAUUUGUUUGACUGACAUUUGUGCAGCUCAGUUUUUUGGCAAAUGCAGCUAUCAGACUGAGACUGUUACAGUAGAUGGAUCGGAUCAGGGACCAAGAAAGCUGAUCGGGACUUCCCUACUCGUUUAUUCAAUAGAAUGAAAAAUGAUGAUAAACACUGAUGGAGAAAAAGGUGCAGCAGUACCAGAUGAAAAGAUUGGAGGGAUGAAAAAGACACAGGUGUGGAGAUGAAGAUCUGUCAGGAGGAAAUCGUAGAGGGAGCGAGAGAAAGAGAGAGAGUUUUGAUAUUCACAGGGCAGUGCUGUGACUCACCACUGCUGUGCAGGCGCACACAUCAGUGCUUCCCCAUACAGUCAUAAAAACUACAUCUGGACUGGUCUGGUCUGGUCUGGUCUUGGCAGGUUUAUCUCGAUAGUACCCUCCCAGGUGUUCGUAGAAGGAUCUGAUUCAGGAGGAGAGGAUUUAUGCUGCAAGUGUAUACACUAAUUUAACAGGUUGUCGUCCUCUCUUUCCAGUCACCACCCACAGUGUGCUCUUUAAAACUCGCACAUACAAACCACUCACGGCAUGAGGCUGUUUGUCAUGGCUGCAGUGCAGAGGAGAUACUGUUUAUUAAUUUUCUCAGGCAAUGACUCAUCCUGGAUGAGAUAAAGUGGGCUGUGAAGUGUUUGUCUCUCUUCCUUAUCCCUGUGUAUGAAUCUUUUUCCAUUUGUCAUGUUGUGUCAUACUAGUCCAGAGGUGGGCAACAGGUUUCUCCAGAGAGCCACAAAUAAAGUUGUUUUUUAAAUAUAAUAAUAAUUGAACCCAUCUUUAUGUGCAACAUGCAUGGCAUUUUCAUUUUAAGUGCAAGCACGGUGAAAUUGUGUGUAAUCUGUAAAAUAAAUAUAAACAGAAAUAUGAGCUCUACAAGGGAACUUCUUUAAUAAAACAUCCAUAUCUAAGGAAUAAAAGAACGGCCUUUCUUUCUUACUAAUUGUUUUUAUCUUGUGUCUCUUUAUACGGUUUGAAUAAAUCUGGUUUUAUUGAGUGCAUUUUUAUUUUUCACUGUGAAGCACUUUGAUAAAUAUCUGAAAAGUGCAAAGAAAUGAACUUUGCUCGCAAGGGGGGGAAAAAACAUCUUAACUCGCUUUUUUAGGAGAUUUUGUGAAAUUGAGUGAAAUCAAAUCACUGGCAGACACAUCCAUAUGGAAGUCUGGGCAUAUGUCAAGCACAGCUAAAAAUAAAAUGUCCACAAAAGGUU